UAAUAAUUGUUAUUACUUAAUAAAUGUUGCAAAAUCACGUAAUUGUGCUGCAAUCGGGCUAUGCACAUGAGGAUGCAAAUGAUCCAAAUGCGAUGCGUGCCAAUUGCAGCUGUACGCUAAUCCGUUGCCGUGAUAGCAGCAAUAUCAUCGUGGACACCAUGACCGCAUGGGAUGGCGAGCACUUAAAAACUCUGCUAGCUGGACAGGGAUUGCAACCGGAUGAUAUUGAUGUGGUUGUAUGUACACAUGGACACUCGGAUCAUAUUGGCUGCAAUUAUUUAUUCCAGCAAGCGCGCUUACAUAUCGUCGGCUCGACAGCAUCUAAGCAUGAUCUUUACACCGAGUAUACCGGAGCUUUGGAUACGCACGGAGAAGUUCUCUUGGAGAAGACACCUGGGCAUACGUUGAGUUGUGCAUCGGUUAUCGUGCACAAUAGUCAGUUUGAUGGCUCCACUGUGGGUAUAUGCGGAGAUCUCUUCGAGCGUUUCGAGGACAUAGACGAUGCCCAGAUAUGGAAAGCUGCUGGCAGUGAGGACGAAAAACAACAGGCGGAGCAACGAUAUCGCAUAGCGCAAUUAUGCCAAUAUAUAGUGCCCGGACAUGGGAACAUUUUCCAAUUGAAUGAUGAAAUGCGAAAGAAAUUGAAAAAUAUUUGAAGUAUUUGGAACGGAGUUUCUGGGGCCUGUUGAUAAGAUUACUUGUUUUGAGGAGCAAGCUGUGAUAUUAACAUUAUAUGAUGCCUUUUUUUUCCUAUUUUAUAGGCGCUUGUAUGUUUAAAUCAAAUUUCGUCUUGCACUCGUUUCGUUACAAGUUUUUUUGGUCUCAAAUUUUUUUACCGUUUAAGCGAAGCUAUGUUUCAUAAAUCAAUAAAGACAUUGCCUAUUUA